UGAUUUUUUAAUUAUUUAUUUUUAUUAUUGCAAGUAUGAUUAUUUAAAAAUUGAUUAUAUUCAAGAUAAUAAAUAAAAUGGACCUCAUGGAUUACCCUCUUUGCAGAACACACAUGCCACCACCAAGCACAAAAAUUUAUCCAUUAAAUUUUUUUAUUAGAUUAAUUAAUAAAUAUAUUAACACGCUUUAUUAAAGAAAAUAUGAAUUUUUAUUUUUUAAUUUUCAUCUUAGCUGUUUGUGAAUAAAUUAAACCAUGUUUUUGAGUAAUGAAAAGCUUUAAAAACAUGUUGAUAGUGUGUCAUAACAAAAGCUAAAAUAAUAACAAAUAAAAUUACCAAUUUAAUUGGGUAGUCAUUGUAGAUUUAUUGGUAAUCAUUAUGGCUUUUGUCUCGCUUGAUCAACAACCACCAACUCAUAUCAGAUUGAUUGUUUUUUACUGCUUUACUUUUGUACUUGACUUGUUACAAAAACUAUCAAAUACAUUUAAUAUUUUUGUUCAACACAUUUGAUUAACACUGUUUAUUUUAACACGACAAUGAUUCUAUUUAUUUUAUUAACAAAUUUGAUAAUACAUGUUAGAAUUGAUGGAAAAAUAAUUGAGACAUUUGAACAUAAUGGAGAUAAUAAUGUUGAAUUUUUUAUUGUUGGUAAAAGAGUACCUUGGAGUAGAGCAAAAUUAUCAUGUUCAAAUUAUGAUAAUGAGUUUGAUACAAAUUCAAAAAGUCAAUUGGCAUCAUUAGAAAAUGAAACAAUACAAAAUUGGCUUGCAAAAAUGCUUGCUGAUUCUGACAACAGAUAUGAUGAACUUUGGGUUGAUGCCAAAAGAAAUAGUAUUAAUUCAAGUUGGACAUGGACAGAAAGUAAUACAACAAUAAAUAAUUCAAUUAUUUUAGAAAAUAAACAAAAUUGGUACAAAGGUCAUCAAAAAACUCAAGAAAAUUGUUUAACAUUUGCUAGACGUGGUCAUGAUUUACCAUCAUUAUCAUCAUCAGAUUGUCAUGAAGGAAAACCUUUUCUUUGUAUUAGAACAAAAAAAGAAAAAAGUAAAAUAGUUGAAGGUAUAAGUGUAUAUGUUGAUGGAUAUAAUUAUACUCUUUAUGGAGUUGAUGGACAAACUAUUGAUGAGGCAAAUUUUGUAUCAACUGGAGUUGGAAAAAUAAAUGGAGGUGGUGUUAAAUGGAUAAAUGCUAGAUUAGAAUGUAGAAAAAGAGGACAACAUUUAGCUAUGAUAUUGUCUAAUGAAGCUGCACUGGUUAUUGCAAAUGCUAUGCUUCGUAGUAGACCUUCUUUAGAAAAUGCAUGGCUAGGUGGACAUAGUGAGGAUGGAAAAACUUGGGUUUGGUCAGGAACAGAUCAAUUGUUACCAUCAAAAAAAUCUAAAACAACAAAUUAUCCACCUUGGUUGACAAAUCAUCCUCGUUCAAUAUCAGCUAUUGAUGAAUUUAGUGAAACAAAAUCUUCUUGUCUUGUUUUAGAUCGUCAUCUUUGUCCUGAAAAUAUUAGUCCAGUAUUUUUAGAUAUUGAUUGUGAAAAAAAAAGACCUUUUAUUUGUCAACAUGAUGUUCCAGAAAUGAGUUCUCACAAUAAUAUUGCACGUUCAAUACAACAAGCAAGUAGUAUUUUAGAAUUUUCAAUUGAAAAAAUGACUUGGCAAGAGGGUAAAAAUUAUUGUAAAAAAAAUAAUGGAAAAGUUGCAACAAUUUUCGAUGAUGAAACAUUAUUCAAUGUUCUUAAAAGAAUGACAGAACUUCACUUAGAGCACGUAUGGAUUGGUGGAAAAACAGAGGCAACAUCUGAUCCAAGUGUAUGGAAAUGGAUGGACGAAGAUGGUCGUGAAUUAUCAAGAAAUCAGUUGGGUGGUUCAGUAUCAUGGUGUCUUGGAACAGAUCAAAAUUCAUUUUUUAAACCAGAACCAAAUUAUUGUUUAAAUCUUGAUCGUGAAGCUCAUGGUUUACCAUUAUUUUAUGGAUUACCAUGUGAAUCAACUCGUCAACGUGUUAUUUGUCAAAUUCCAAAAACUGAAACAUCAACAAUAUUAUCAACAACUGAUGAUACAUUACAUGUCAAUACUGAUGUUUCAAAAAAUCAUACAAUUGUUAUUGAAGAAGAAAUUAAUCAUGAAAAUAAAACAAAUAUUAAUGAAGAUUCUUAAUUAGUACAAUGGAAUUGGAUGAAAAAUUGGACAUCAUCAGGCUGAUUUAAUUUAACUUUUUUUUUUUUUUCAUUUAAAUAACAAUAGUAAAAUAAAUAUUUUAAUAUAUAUAUUUUUUUUUGUUAUUAUGAUUUUAUUUAAAUGUUAUUUUAUAAUUUAUUCAUUCAAAUAAAAAUAUUAUGUCAAUAUUUUUAAGUAUUGACUAAAGUUAAACACAAAAAAUAUAAAAUAUUUAUUUAAUUUAUUUUUAAGAUGAAAGAAAAAAAAAAAACUGUCAACAGUUUAUAAUUUUUAUUAAUAAUAUAUUAAUAAAAAUUCAAUUGUUUUUUGUUUGACAUAUUAUUAAAAAUUUUUAAUUCAAUAAAAUAAUAAUUUUUUGAAUAAAGCAGAUAAAUUUGCAUAAGAAAAUAUUUAAAACAAAAAUUCUAUGAGUUUAUUAUAUUAUAACAAUAAUUAAAAUAUUAAUUUUACUUAUAAAAAUUAUCUAUUUUAUCAUAAUGAAAAAUAAAUAAAUAUCAUAGAUUAUUAUUUAUUCAUUUUUUUAAAAAAAAAACUUUUUAUUUAUCUUUUGUAAAAUAAUUAUUAUUUGACUAAACUCAACAUUAAAUGACGUAUCAUAAAUCAUUCUCUUUUACUUAGCCUACAGAUGUUCAAGUAUAUCAUAUUUAAUAACAUUUUUUAUAAAAAUAUUAUGUCUUGGAAUUAUUAGGAGCUUUAUUAUCUAUAAUCUGCUGAUAAUAAUUCAGAAUAGGCACUUGUUAUUCAAGACACUCAUUGAUUGUGUCAUUGAUAUUGAAAAAAAAAAAGAAGAAAAAAAAAACAAAAAACAUAUCAAUGCACUGUACUUUUUUUUAGUCAACAAUUUAUAAAUCUCGUUUAAAAUCUAAGAGUCUUAAUAUUUCACUUGUUUAAUUAAUAGUGAAAUGUAUUAUUUUUUUAUUCGCAGUCAUUUUGUCAAAUAUAUUUUCUCAUUAUUUUUUUUUUUUUUUGAACUGAUUAUUACUGAAUAAAUUAUUAUACAAUUUGUCUUGCAAUAUUAAAAUCAAAUUAAACAAGCGGAAGACUUUAAUUUUUAAUUUUUCUUUUUAUCUAUAUAACAUGGAAUAAGUUUUUAAUUAAAAAAAUAUGGAAAUCUAUAUAAACUGUUAAUUGUGGAAUGAAUUUAAUAAGUGAAAUAAUUGGACAUAAAGUUAUCAAAUAAUUUAAGGCACUUUUAUUUAUAAAAAGAUAUUAAAAAAAUAUGUUUGAUUAUUUAUUAAAAAAAAAAAUUAUUCAAUCAAACUUUAUGCCCAUUUAUUUUAUAUUUAUUAUUUGAAUUUGUUUUUCUUUUUUUUUUCAUGUAAGUAAUAUAAAACCCUAGGUACUUGGGUUGAUAAAAAAUAAUAAUUUCAAGAAGAGAAAAUUAAAAAAACAAAAAGUGAUAAAUAAAAAACAAACAAAAAAAAAAAUACUAAUAAAGAAUAAAAAUAUUAUUUGCCUAUGGGGCUAAUGGUUUUAUUAGAUAUGUGCAGGUUCAACA